AUGAGUUUUCCUUAUUAUUUUGGGAAAAGGAAAAGCCCUGCUGAAGCUAAAAAAUGGUAAUAUGCUUUUGAUCGUUACUUUAUUCAUCAACAGACAUUUUCUUACCACUAAUUGUUAGAAAAAAUUUCCUCGCCAGACAUUUGCUCACUCCCUCUUUCGUGGUCGAAUAAAAACAUUUUGUUCGUUCAUGGGAGGGGGUUAAUUUUUUUUUUUAAUUUUAUAUAUAAAUAUUAUUAAAUUUUUUUUUUUCAAAUUUAAAAAAAUUCCAAAUUGAGAACAAAAAUUAAUUUAAUUUGCGAAAUUUAUGUUUUAAAAUGCAAGCUCUUAUAAAUUAAACAGAAUUAUUUCAUUAUAUAAUAUCAUUUAUAUAUAUAAAAAAAAUUUCUAUUAAAACGGAGGUGGAUUUUUGACCAAAAAAAAUAGGGAUUUUUCAAACGCUCACGAAGGGGGUCAGAAAAAACAUUACUUUUAUAAAAUGUCAGACGACAAAUAUCUGCAAGAGGAAAUACCCCCUAGGAAAAGACAUGGAACCUAAAAAAGAGUACGAAGAUCUAUGAACUAAUAUAUGUCCUUAUUUUGGACCAAUUUCUUAUAAAGAUCUUGAAGAGCAUGUUCUUCCUCUCAUAACAGCCGAUGAGUUAAUAGCUGGCCGACAAGCUGACUCAGACCAAAAAUUACCUUCAUUUGUUCAGAGUGCUUUUGCUCAAGUUGAAAUAAGAUCCAGGUUGCGAUUAGAUUUAGCAUUUACUGUGGUUGUCUGGCUUCUUGCGCGAAAAGUAACAAAUUACAGACGAUUUCGAACUUCUUCUGGGGAUUCUAGCUUAUUCCGUAAAGAUGUUAUAUGUACAGGAUUUUUAAUUGGAAUUCCAACUUAUUCAUUUGCUCUUGACUAUUUAUCGACUUUUAGAACUGUUUUCCCUGAUCGUGCACUACUAGCUAUUAAAAAAGAUCCUCAAUUAAGCUUGUACAGAAAAAGAUUAAUUGAAUUUAAGCCUGAGUAUGCAAAUAAAAAAUAUAGACUGGAUAAAGGGCUUACUAGCUAUGAUGGAAUUAAUUUCAGUGAACUUGAAAAGAAAGAAGAUAAAGAAUUGAUUGAAGAUAAGGAUGUUUUUAUUGAAGAAGGAGAUUUUGAAGGAGAAAUUGAAGAAAAAUACAAAGAAUAG